AAAUCUCCCCCACGGUGUGGAAAGUUACACUUCUGAAGUAGACGAAUGUCAUAAAAACUCCUAAGAAAAUGUCGUCUGUACUUCAGACAUUAUUCGCGUUUCCUAAUUACGUGUUAAAAAGAAAUUUAUAUGUUCGUUCAGCUUGUUCAUACGAAUCAGAUGGGAAAACAACUGUUACAAUUUUGAACAAAAAUUUUGAUUACGGUCUGAUGAUAGACAAUGUCAGUGAGUAUGGAUUUAUUUUAAACAACGGAAUUAAAACAAUUGGACCAAUGAUUAUUUUUCCAAAAACUAUGUUAAGUUGGAAUAUAGCAAGAUCAUCUGAAAUGAAUGAAAAAUCAUUUUCACUCCUCUUUCAUCUUGAACCGAAGCUUGAUAUUUGUGUUGUUGGUUUAGAUGAUGACUAUCCACGUACUUCUGAAUUCUUACAAAAUUUACAUUUAAUUUUUAAAAAAUAUCAAAUUCCUGCAGAAAUAUUACCAGUCCAUCAAGCAUGUUCAACAUUUAAUUUUUUGAAUGCUGAGAACAGAUAUGCUGCAGCAGCAUUGAUACCACCAAAAGUGAAAUGUCCUAAAGACAUGCUACUUUCAAAUUAUAAUAAAAAACACCUUGAAGAAAUUGAAAAGAAAUCAGAUCCAUUUUACACACAUUGUUAAUUAUAUUGUCAAGCUUUGGAAACAAUAAGCCAAUAAAUCAACUUAAAAUAAUAUGUAGUCCAACCCCAACGGAAAAAAUUGAUGUAACAAAACGUAGCAAACCGUAACUUUCUGUGAAGUAAUGUAAGGUUUGGUUUGAUUUCGGACCACAGUUACAGUUUUUACGUUUUGUUAUGUUUGAUUAUAGUCUACUACAACCCAACACAUUAUCUUACGACUUGUUACAUUUUAUUAUAAUUCUAAAAAGAUACUUGAAUCUCGUGGAAAAUCAACGGUAGUAAACUCUGAGAAACUGUAAGGUAGUGUCAUCUGUAAUAUUUUAUAACAGCUUACAGUUUAUUGCAGUUUAUUACACCUUUUUUUAUAUUUUGUUGUAAUUCAUAACUUUUACCUUAAAUUUCCCUUACAUAAAAAAAAUUAAGUAAUGAUUAUGAAAAAUCAUUAGUGUAAUAGUAUAUGUGAUAAAUUAUAUCAAAACGUAAAGAAAAUGUAAGAAAACGUAACAUUACAUAAUAAAAUGUAAAAAUGUCCGAAAUCCUAAGAAUAUUACAGUUUCCUACAUUUUCUUACAUUUUCUUGCGGGUUACGGCAUAUUAUUACUCAUGUUAACUUUUUCUUACAGUUUGUUACGUUUUCAAAUUGCCGCUGGGGUUAAAUUUUAACAAGAUUAUGCUGUGAACAUGUGAAAGACUAGUCUAAAUCUAUUUUUUCAUUACAGAUGAUUUGUAGUCUUUUAGAAUAUUCGUGUAGACAACUAAUUUUGGAAAUACCUCCAUCUGAAAGAGAAAUAUUUCUUGACAUCCGCCUACAGGUAUCAAAUAAACGUGUUAUCAAAUGAAUUAUAUCACCAAAUAAUUUAAUAAACUAUAAAUAACACAAAAUUGA